AUGUGUACUAUUCAGUUGUUUGAUCAACCGACUCAUGUCAUUCCAUAUCCCCGCAACGAGGAUGUGAUCCACCGCCAAGACUUGGUGAAGCAACUGGAUCAACUUCUUCCACGGGAAUCAAAGUUCCACAGUGCUGCUCUUUGGGGACUAGGAGGAUCAGGAAAAACCCAGAUCGCCCUCGACUACGCGUACCGACGAAGCGAAACCGACAAAUGCAGCGUAUUCUGGGUACAUGCCGAUAGCAAAGCGACAUUUAUACACGAUUAUAAGACAAUUGCAAGCAAACUUGGCAUUGACCAAACUGCCGCUGCCGAUGGGAAUGCUCUGCUUAGAUCUGUGCGUAACGGUAUCGAGGCAUGCCCAUCGUGGGUGUUUAUCCUUGAUAACGCGGAUAAUCUCAAAUUAUUUGGCGUUGGAAUAUCAACCGAUGAAGCUUCGAACAGUAUAUACGAGUAUAUCCCAAACGGGCCUACGGGAACAGUACUAUGGACAAGUCGCGAUGCCCAUAUUAUAGGCACGCUAGUUGGCGCAAAAAGGGGAAUCGAGGUUACAUCUAUGAAAUAUGAUGAAGCUAUCAAACUUCUUGAAUCAAUGAGAGAUGAAAAAGCUGCCGAAGAACUUGAAGAUGUUGAAACGCUACUCAGGGAACUGGAGUGGUUUCCGCUAGCCAUCUCUCAAGCUGGCGCAUAUAUGAAACGAAUGCAUAUGAAUGCAUCCAGGUACCUGUCUUUGCUUCGGGAAAGCAAACGCCGAUGGGAUAUCCUUAAGAUCACUGACUUCAGCCGACAUCGAAGGCCCGAAAUGCCUAACAGUGUACUCGACACAUGGACUGUCUCAAUGGAACGAAUCCAAAGUGAGAACAGAAUGGCAUACCAAGUUCUUCAUAUUAUCGCUUAUCUAGACAACCAAAACCUACCACACGAGCUGCUUGUCAAAAUCAGCCAGUGCAGCAAUGAAGAUACGACUAGACAGCUAGAAGAGCUGGAAGUGUUGUCAGCAAUUAGGCGGCUGCAAGAAUUCUCAUUUCUCAAGAUGCGCCAAAUUGAGGAUGGUAGUCCAAGCUACGAGAUGCAUAAGCUUGUGCAAGAGGCAGCAAGAUACAGGACAACUAUGCGAGGCCUUCAGGAAGCAGCUAUGGAAGGGCCCUUGAUGCAAAAAGAAAGUGACGAAGUAUAUUACACAAGAAUUGCCUUGCAAGCAUUGUCAAAGCUCUUCCCAACUUCAAAGCCAGAGUCGUGGGGACGGUGCGAGAGGUAUUUGGCUCAUGCUAUAGGAAUAGGCGACUGGGCAGAAAAAAGUAAGAGGGAGGCCGACACCUCUGAACUGUUAAACAAAGCGUCUGGAUAUUUGUAUGAUCGAGGACGAUGGAGAGAGAAGGAACUUGUGGACCUGAGAACGCUUGAACUAAGACGAAAAGCCCUCGGAGAGCAACACUCACAGACGCUUAAUAGUAUCGUUUCGCUUGCAGAGGCAUACCACUACCAGGGCCAGCACGAGAAAGCCAAAGAUUGUUACAAAAAAGCAAUUGAACUUCGGCGACAGACACUUGGAGAGAAGCAUCCAGAUACUAUUCGGGCCAUGGCUUGGCUUGGGAACGUCUACCAAAGCCAUGGUCAGUACAAGGAGGCCGAGGCUCUAUAUAAGAUAACUCUGGCAUUGCAGGAGGAAGUGCUUGGAGAGAAGCACAUUGAUACGAUUCACAGCUUGGCUUCAACUGCAGCGGUAUACCACUAUCAGGGUUUUUAUGCCAAAGCCAAGCCUAUUAAGAUGAAGACAUUGGCUCUCCAACGGGAGGUGCUUGGCGAGAAGCAUCCAUUGACACUUUGGAAUAUAGGAUCACUUGCAGCAACAUGUCAGGGCCUGGGCCAGUACGAAGAAGCCAGAGAUCUCUACCAGCAAACUCUGGAUCUUCGUCGGGAGACGCUUGGCGAGAACCAUCCAGACACCCUUCGGAGUAUAACCCAGCUCGGAGCAAUAUAUCAGGAUCUGGGCAAAUAUAAACUGGCUGAAGACCUUGCGAAGGAAGCUUUGGAGCUCGAGAGAAAGAUGCUGGGAGAGGAACAUCCUUAUACGCUUCAGUCCAAGGCAAUGAAGGAGAUGCUAUGGGGAAAUUGA